AUGCGCUUCGCUUGGUUUCUCACCGUAUUUAUUCCACUACUAAUCAAGGUGAGUUGCCUAGCUUUUCAAAACAAUUUUCAGUUUUUUCCAGUUCUCGACUCAAGUCCCGGUCGGCAAUUCCACAUGCGACGCGGCCAAGGAGUUUGAUUGCGGUGGCGGAAAUCUGAGGUGUGUUCCGGUCGAAUGGCAAUGCGACAACGUGGCAGACUGUGAGAACGGAAAGGACGAAGCCGGAUGCACGUACGCCCAUCACUGCGGAUCCAACUACAUGCUGUGCAAGACGGGGGUGUGCAUCUCGAAAGAAUUCAAGUGUGACGGUGAAGAUGACUGCCUGGACGGAACGGACGAGCAGCACUGCGAGUACAACCUCCGCCGCACUCGCAGAGGUCCGCUCGUCUCAUCGACACCGAACACCUUCGUCGGAAACAACGGACCCGAAUGCUUCGCUCCGCGAAUGCGCUGCCAUUCUGGACAAUGCCUUCAGCCCGAUCUCAUCUGUGACGGACAUGCUGAUUGCACUGGAGGCGACGAUGAAGUCAACUGCACCAGCAAACGCGUUCAGGAAGAGCCGACGGCAACUGGAUCUCUCCAAGAAGAGACAGUUUUUCCGGAGCCCACUUUGUACACUCGUGACGAGUACGACGUGAGUUUCAAGAUCUCCCGUUUUUCAACGUUCUUAUUCUUCUACAGGAGAAUGAGUGCCGCCCCGGCCAAACAAUGUGCUUCAACGGAGACGUCUGCAUUCCAAACAGCUUCCUUUGCGACGGCGACAAUGACUGCGACGAUGGUUCUGAUGAGAUCGGCUGUGAGACGAGUGCUCCGAGCGAGGAGGACUUCCUUUCUGGUCAAGCGGAGCAUGCACACGCUUGCUCAGCUGCUGGAAAGUUUGCCUGCGAGCUUAAAAGUGGAGAGAAGGCGGUGUGCAUUCCGAUGAAUGCCACGUGCAACGGGAUCAAAGAGUGCCCAAUGGGAGACGAUGAAUCGGCACAGUGCUCGGAAUGCGCGAAGAAGCGAUGCGAUCAUACGUGUCUGAACACUCCACGUGGAGCCAGAUGUGUCUGCCAGGAGGGAUACCAACUCGCCGCCGACGGACUGACCUGCAGGGACGAGGACCAAUGUGCCACUCACGGACACGUCUGCCAACACUUUUGCGACAACCGAAUCGGAUCGUUUGUGUGUAAAUGUGAGAACGGAUAUCGUCUGGAGGAAGACGGACACUCCUGCAAGUACGAGAAAACGUCCGAUUCUGAAGGGUACCUCUUCGUCAGUCUCGGCGGAGAAGUCCGACAGAUGCCGUUGGCCGACUACCAAGAAGGAUACAACUACGCUCCGAUCCAGAAGCAUACGGGUCACGGAAUCAUCCGAUCCAUCGGUUUCAUGCAUCGCAACAACAAGAUGUAUGUGGCGAUCUCCAACGAUCAAGGCGAACCAUCUGGAGAUUUGGCCGUCUCGGACAACGGACUUCUGCGAGUUCUUCGCGAGAACGUUAUCGGAAUCGGGCAUAUCGCUGUUGACUGGAUUGGCGGCAACGUGUUUAUCACUCAGAAGGCGCCUUCUCCCUCGGUCGGAAUCUCUGUUUGCUCGAUGGACGGUAUGUUUGCCGUCGGAUUGUGGAGAGCCAACAGAACGGACAAACGUACCGUGGACUUGUUGCCCAUCCGACGCGUGGUCUCAUCGUCUGGAUAGACUCUUACCAGCGCUUUCACCGCAUCAUGAUUGCCGACAUGGACGGAUCAAACGUAGAUAAUUUUUUGUAAUCCUAUUGAUCUCAUGCACUCUUUCCAGAUCCGAACACUUCUCGACAACAAGUUGGAGGAUCCAUCAGCUCUCGCCAUCGACUACAUCCGCCACGACGUCUACUUCGGAGACGUUGGUCGGCGACUGAUCGAUCGGGUCAACAUUGACACGAAAGAGCGCCGCAUCGUCAUCUCAAAUGGAGUGCAUCAUCCGUUCGACAUGGUCUACUUCAACGGACUGCUCUAUUGGUCGGACAUGUAAGAAACGAGGAAACAUCAUCCCGGCGUUUCAUAUUUUUGGUUUUAGGGGAAGUGAGACGCUCAAAGUGCAGGAGAUGAGCCAUCAUCACACGAGCCCCCACGUCAUCCACUCCUUCAACCGGUUUCCGUACGGCAUUGCUGUCAACCACUCGCUCUACCAGACAGGUCUGCCAGAUAAUCCUUGCGAGGAACUCGAAUGUCCUUGGCUUUGUGUCAUGGUCCCUAAAUCGGAUGCCCCUGUGACUGCCAAGUGCGUCUGCCCAGAUGGUUACAAGCAAUCGAUGCUCAAUAACACGUGCAUUCCUCCACAGACGGUCGAGGAAAAGGCACAACUGGCAAACCUCUCUUACAUCGGAGCCGCUCUCAUGGCCGAAUACUGCGAAGCCGGACUAGGAUGCAUGAACGGUGGAUCCUGCCGCGACGAACAGAACGAUCUUGGAAGAGCUCAUCGUGUCAUCUGCGACUGUAUGCAGCCGUACGAUGGACAGUUCUGCGAGUGGGUCAAUCCGGAGAUGCUUGCUGCGAUGGAGGAAGACGACGGAUUCGCAGGCCUCCUCGUACUGCUGUUUGUCUCUCUGCUCAUCCUCGCCAUCGUCGCUGUCUUCGCUUUCUUCUGGCUAACACAGCGAGAAAUCGCCGAGAAUGCCAUCGAAACGGCACGUGUUCACCUUGAUAAGGUCGCCAGGAAGCCGAAGAUGUGGCUACUCCUAUUGUCGGCAAGCUCCGGAACGCGCACAGAAGCAGUCCGCCGAUGGAAGGGUGCCACUCAGCGACGAACGUCAACUUCGUGACCGACGAGACUUCUGAGACUUUUGUGGUAGAAAGUGCCUUGGAGAGAGGUCGCGUGCUGGAUUCACCGGUUAGCAUAGUUAGCAUGCUUAGUUACUCUGAUUGUUUGUUUUACAGGCUUCGUACAUCAAUCCGCUCUACGACGAGAUCCCUGACUCGAUGACCGGAAUCCCGACGCUCUCAUCUGCCCCGUUCACUGGGAACAUUCGUCCUGAAGACCUGACCCUCUGGUCUACCCCUCGAACUAGUUUCGACUAA